CCACACCGAACCUGCUGGGCCAUGUGCUUGCUGGAGACGCACCCCCACUGACCACACGCCGACUGCCCCAACCCACCACGACGCUCCCGCACCGCCCCGUCCACCUACGCUCGCUGGCCGACCCCUCCCCCACCCCGUUCACUCGCACCCCAGCAUCCGCCGCACCCUCGUCUAGUGCACACGACGCCUGCCACUGCCGCUCCUGGAACACUCGCAGCCCGCGGCCGACUCGUCCACAUCACGCUCUGCGUGAGGCAGCCUGAGCCGCGUCAGCACAGCGGCGCGCAAUUGCACACGCAACCGACGCCAGCAUGUCGUCGUCGUCGCAGGUCGUCGAGUCGUGGAUCGCGUCCUUCUGCGGACUGCUGGGCCACGAGUACUUCGCCGAGGUGUCCGAGGACUUCAUCGAGGACGACUUCAACCUGACGGGCCUGCAGUCGCAGGUGCCCAUGUACAAGGAGGCCCUGGAGAUGAUCCUGGACGUCGAGCCCGAGGACGACGAGGACGAAGAAGACGACGAGGACGAAGAGGAAGAGGACGACGAGAUACUGGGCGACGAGCGCACACCAGGCUACCGCCGCGCCAGCGACCGGCGACAUCUGCGCAUAGCGUCGGACCUGAGCGUCAUCGAGAGCUCGGCCGAGCUGCUCUACGGCCUCAUACACCAGCGCUACAUCACGUCGCGGCCCGGCAUCCAGCAGAUGCACGAAAAGUACGAGCUGCAGCACUUUGGCACCUGUCCGCGCGUCAACUGCAACUCGUGCAAGGUCCUGCCCGUCGGCCUGAACGACAGCCCCGGCCACGAGACGGUCAAGCUCUUCUGCCCCUCGUGUCUCGACGUCUACACGCCGCCCAACUCGCGCUUCCAGACCGUCGACGGCGCCUUCUUCGGCACCACCUUCCCCUCGCUGUUCUUCAUGACCUUUACCGACCUCGACAUUGGCGGCGGCCUGCGCACCACCGCCUCGUCCACCAUCGACGCCAUCACCGCCCUGCAAGCCCAGAGCGACGAGGCAAAGUCCCGAAACUCGACCCCCCUGAACGUCAUGUCCAUCAACGGCGUCGCACCCCACAACCUCGCCCCCGCCCUCGGCGCAGGCAACAUCUACGAACCCCGCAUAUACGGCUUCCGCGUCAGCGAGCGCGCGCGCUCAGGCCCCCGCAUGAAAUGGCUGCGCAUGCGUCCCGCAGACGUGACGGAGCUCGACGAAACACGACUGUAUUGGGAAGGCCGCGGCGAAGACGACGCCGACCGGCCCGACGACGAUGACCUCAACAUGGUCGAUGUCGCCGAGGGAGGGAGAGGCGCCGGCCCCGCUGACCGGAGGAAGAAGGCCAUUCGCACCCGGAGACGGACGGCUAACGGCUCAGGCGCUACAGGCAGCCCAAUGGAUACAAACGGUGUUGGUGCGGCGGGUUAGUCAUUGUCGCACCUAGCGUUGACGGAUGGAUAUGCUACUGUGUGAGAACGAGCAAGGGACUGCGGGCGUUGGGUUAGUCAUCAGCAGGCUUCAGGGGAUUUGUGGGCCUGACGACACCGUGUCUGCCAUUUGUGUGUUUUGAGGAAUCAAAGAAGGGAGGACGGGAUGGGAUGGGGGUGUGCAGAAGUAGUUAUUGCUUGGGUUUUUGGGCUUGUGUCUAGUAUUUAGUUCCAGACCAAUAGAUUCUGGGCAUUCUUUUUCUUUAACAGUGUGUUUGUGGGUGUUUGUGUUAAAAGGGGUGAUUUGUGUCGCAUGGUAGGGAAAGAAUACA